AUGGAAGAGAAGAACAACAUGGUCACUACCUCCCAGUCUCCACAGACUGAAAGUAAACCGAACAAUGAAGUAGAGACUUUCAUGGAGCCUGUACAAACGAAUAUAGAGCCCAACCAAGAUUUAGAUCAAUCCGGGGCUCCCAUUGGAAGAGUAGAGCUAAAAGGAACAGAUGUUUUUGUGAAGAGGAAGAGGGGUAGGCCGAGGAAAUAUGAAAUGAUUGGUGAGGAGGGAAAUGUGGUGGCUUUAGUAUCAGCAUCACCCAGUACAUAUUCGGGUUCAUAUUCGGAGAGCUUACCGAAAAGAGGAAGAGGACGCCCUAAAGGUUCCGGUAAAUUGCAGCUCUUGUCUCCCCGUGGUGGGUUGUCUGUGGAUCCGGCUGGAGAAGGGUUUUACACUCAAGUACUGACUGCUGAGACUGGAGAGGAUAUUGUUCAUAAGAUACUUUCAUUAUCUGAAACGAAUCCUCGAUCACUUUGCAUUCUUACUGCUACUGGUGUGGUUUGUAGCGCCGUCAUACGCCAACCUAGUUCUUAUACUGGUAUUUUGAGAUUCAAGGCAAGAUUCUCAUAA